AUGGCAGUCGAUGAGACAUCGAGUUUCGUACCGGAAAUCGAACCAAACGACGAGGCAUCGCCCCUGAUCGAUGAUGGGUCGGAGACCGCCGACCGACAUGUGCCUGAUCAGGCACCGAAAAGCAGUUGGGAGCUGUUUAUAUUGACUCUCACUAUGGGAGGACUUCAAGUAGUCUGGUCCAUCCAGCAUUCCAGUGGAUCUCCUUAUCUUUUAUCUCUAGGAAUGAGCAAGGCAUUGCUUGCGUUUGUCUGGGUUGCUGGACCUCUUACCGGGACCCUUGUACAGCCCUACAUUGGUAUCCGCAGUGAUAACUGCCGCAGCCGCUGGGGUAAACGAAGACCUUUUAUGGUCCUAGGCGGGACGGUAACUGUGAUAUGCCUCUUAGCGCUGGCGUGGAUACGAGAGAUAGUCGGGACUUUGCUCGGAAUAUUUGGCGUCGACGCUCAGUCUGACAAGGUGCAAUCAGCUGCGAUUGUCGCUGCGAUGAUCUUGAUGUAUUGUCUUGACUUUGCUAUUAACACGAUCCAAGCGGCAACCCGUGCUUUAAUCGUCGACAAUGCCCCUUGGUACCAGCAAAAGACGGCAAACGCCUGGGCAAGUCGCGUUAGUGGAGCCGGAAAUAUCUUGGGUUGUAUCUUUGGUUUCAUGGACUUGCCAAAGAUACUCCCCAUUUUGGGGAACACACAGUUUCAAGUGCUCUGCGUACUUACGAGUCUAUCACUAUCAGUUACACUCCUGAUAACUUGCAUCUACACCCAGGAGCAAGUCUACCAUGAGGAACUACAAGCAGGAAAUGCUCUAACCCCCAUGUCGCUCGUCCGGCUAAUCCACAAGUCUGUCAAUCGGCUUUCAUCGCAAACACGGAGAGUUUUUGCAAUCCAGUUUGCGUCCUGGUUCGGGUGGUUCUUGUUCCUAUUUUACGCGACGACUUAUAUAGGCCAGUUGUACGUUAAUCCGAUCUUCGAUGAGCAUCACGAUCUGCCUGAUGAUGAGAUUGACAAAAAGUGGGUGGAUGCCACACGGAUUGGUACUUUUGCCCUCUUUAUAAAUGCGACUGUGUCGUUUGCAGCGAGUAUCAUCCUACCACUUCUGAUUCCUUCUGGCAAAGAGGAUGAGGCAAAUGAUCCCGGGCCCUCAUGGCGGAUACAUUUUUUUAAAGUACGUGUUGGGACAGGUCUAACUCUCCGACGCCUCUGGCUGCUAUCACAAAUCCUCUUCGCGGCCUGCAUGCUCAGCACAUUCUUCAUAUCCACCACCGGGGCGGCAUCAGUAAUGACAGGAGUCAUCGGCAUCCCAUGGGCUAUCACCUCAUGGGCACCGUGGGCAUUCAUAGCAGAAGAAAUUGGGCAAGAAGACACCGAACAAAGCCCCCAAUCGUCCAGCCACGACGAAGAGUCAACUGAAGGUGGCGAUACCGGGAUUGCAGGACAAGCUGGUAUUGUCCUCGGUCUACAUAACGUUUUUAUUUCGCUUCCGCAGAUUGUGUCUAGUCUUUUUAGCAGUGCUGUGUUCAAAUUGUUGCAAAAACCGAGGGGAGAACCUUGGGAUGAGAGCGUGGCGUGGGUUAUGAGGUUUGGGGGUUGCGUGGCGCUGGUAGCGGGGUAUUUGACCAUCGCGUUGAGGGAGCAGCAGGCGAAGGUGUAG